UUCUUUUUUUAAGCAAAAUCAGAUCCCCCUCUCUGUCUCUGUCUCUCUCUCCUCACUCCACACUCCUCUCUCAUUCUCUCUCAUCUUCUGUCAUUCAUUCAUCUUCAAUUCAUCAUUAUUAUUAACAAUUCCUCUGCGUGUGUUUAGAUCGACAGAAGGAAUCUAUGAACAAAAGUCUGCGUUGAUUGAUUUUUUUUGGUGGGCAGAGAAUUUUGAUGUAUGUAGAGAGAUUCGGAGGAGGAGAAGUAGAGGAAGAAGAGGAGGAAGUAGAAGAUAUGGAUGAAUUUAUUUUGUGAUUUUUGAUUGAUUAGGGAAUAAUAGAGUAAAAGAGAUGAAGGGUGGUGGAGUAUCAUCAACUUAUCCUCUUCCUCCUUCAAAAAGACGCUGGAGAGGUCUUGCUGUUGCUGUAUUUGGUCUUGUUGUUCUGUCAAUGCUUGUUCCUCUUGUAUUCUUACUUGGUAUACACAAUGGAUUUCAAUCUACUGGAUUUGGGUCUGAAGAUCGAAGUUCUACUCCAAGUCAUAAGAAAUAUGAGAAUUACGAUCCCGUGGAACAGGAUGUACCACAAAUUCAAUCAGAGGUUGAUAAAUCAACACAUUUAGAUAACUUAAUGGAAAGAUUGAAGCCAAAUUUACCAAAGGAUGUUAUUACUAUCGCCAAUGAUGCUGCAAACAAAACUGUUAGAAAUGAUCCUUUGCAAGUCACUGUGAAACAAAAAACUGAUUCAUCUCCAGUGCAGAAGGAGGUGCCUAAACCGCCGCCUCAGGAAAAUCAAAUAGGCAUGUCUCAAGUUACUGAGCAUGAUAAGGGUGCAACCAGUGAUGAAACUGGAAAGCCAUGUCAAUUGGAAUUUGGGAGCUAUUGUCUUUGGCGUAAAGAACAUAAAGAAGCAAUGAAGGACAGAGUGGUGAAGCAAAUGAAGGAUGACCUUUUUGUAGCAAGAGCUUAUUAUCCUAGCAUUGCUAAACUUCCAUCUCAUGAUAAGAUGUCGCGUGAAUUGAAGCAAAACAUUCAAGAGUUUGAGAAAAUUCUCAGUGAAAGUACCACAGAUGCUGAUCUUCCUUCACACAUGGAGAAGAGGCUGCAGAGGAUGGAGGCCAUAAUUCGCAAAGUUAAAUCUGUCAUAUUAGAUUGCAACAAUGUUGACAAAAAACUAAGACAGAUAUUAGAUUUAACCGAGGAUGAAGCCCAUUUCCACAUGAGUCAGAGCGCAUUCCUUUAUCAGCUUGCUGUCCAGACCAUGCCCAAGAGUCUGCACUGCCUUUCAAUGAGAUUGACUGUAGAAUAUUUCAAAUCGCAGUCACUGGAUAUGGAUAUUUCAUCAGAUAAAUAUGUCAACCCGUUGCUGCAACACUAUGUUAUCUUCUCAAAUAAUAUACUGGCAUCAUCCGUUGUCAUCAACUCAACAGUUAUGCAUGCUAAAGAAAGUGGGAAGCAGGUUUUUCAUGUGGUAACAAGUGGACAGAACUACUAUGCCAUAAAACUUUGGUUCUUCAGGAAUUCGUACAAGGAAGCCACCAUUCAAGUAAUAAAGAUUGAAGACUUUAACCAAGAACAUGAUGUUGCCAACCCGGGGCAUCAAUCAUUAUCCAAUGAAUACCGUGUUUCGGUUCAUAGAGUCAGUAAACCACAAAUAACACAAAUGGAUACUAACUACAUUUCGGUUUUUGGUGAGACACAUUUUCUUCUUCCUCAAUUUUUCCCUGAUCUAAAGAGAGUGGUUGUGUUGGGUGAUGAUAUAGUUGUCAAAGAAGAUUUGUCUCCCUUAUGGAGUAUUAACAUGGAAGGAAAGGUGAUUGGAGCUUCAUAUUUCUGUUCAUUGAAGUUGGGUCAGCUGAAAAGCUAUUUGGGUGAGGAAGAUUUCGAUGAAGGUUCUUGCAGUUGGAUGUCUGGACUUAACUUCGUUGAUCUAGUUAAGUGGAAGGAGCGGAACAUUACUCAAAAAUACCAUAGGCUGCUUCAAGUUGUGAAGCAGAGAACCAAAGUAACAUCAGUGAAUGGUGUAGCAUUGCCUGCAAUAUUGCUCACUUUUGAGGGUUUAGUGCACCCUCUUGAAGCUUCUUGGCUUUUAUCUGGGUUGGGUCAAAGUUUUAAGGUGGAAGCACAAGCAAUUGAAAAAGCAGCUGUGUUGCAUUACAAUGGACUCAUGAAACCAUGGUUAGAGCUAGGCAUCCCCCAGUACAAAGCAUAUUGGAAGAAGUUUCUGGUUCGUGAUGAUCUGUUCAUGAGUCAGUGCAAUGUAAACCCAUAAAAAGCUGCUAAUAAAAGGAGGUUUAGUCGCCCAAAGAAAUUUGCUAAUUUUAACAAGGGUUUAACCAGAAGAGGGUGAACCUGUGGAUAUCAAUUUAUUCAAGUGCAGGUGAACUUUAUCCUGGACUAGAAGAGGUGUCAAAAAAGCUGUAUGUUGGUGCUCGAGGUAUCAGUGUUUUCGAAUUGAGAAUGCUGAUUUCUGAUUUCUUAGUAAAUAAAAGGACUAGGAAUUUUUUUAUCGGCACCGUGGUUAAAAAGAGCAGAAGGUAAAUGAUUGUUUUUAGGUGAAAGUUGCUAUUCAGAUUGUCAAGACACGUUUCAUGUGAUACAAAUUUUUAGAGACUCGGCAACUUGAUUCUGUGCUUGUUGGUUUGCACAAGAGUGUACACAGACGAGGGAGUAGAAUUAGUAGGAAAGAGAGCAAGAGACCAAGAGUCAUGCUAUAUUUUUGUAAAUGGUGUGCAUGUUGCAGGUCAGUUUCCCAGGGAUAAUUUCAGUUUGUCAUUUGUUCUGUGAUAUAAAUGAUUUUUGGAGGAUCAGUUUCCCAAAUUGGGUUAUGCUGCCACUUGAGCAUGUAGAAUCUUAUCUUUUUUCUUUUCGAAUUUAUGAUUUGUUGUCUAAAAUUUUGGGUUCUCCUUCUCCCUCUAUAAAUUUAUGGUGCCCUUUCAAGUUA